AUGGUGCUGACUAAAAGACAGAGAUUUUCCUACAGUGUAGGCCAUGUAUUAAAUGAUCUCUGUGCGUCUAUGUGGUUUAGUUAUUUAUUGAUAUUUUUCCACCAAGUUAAACAAUUUAACAAUGUAUUAUCAGGUAAUUUGAUGUUGAUUGGUCAAAUCAGUGACGCUCUGUGUACGCCAUUUAUUGGCUUCGAAUCUGAUAGAACUAAUGGGAUUUUUAAUCUUGGAAAACGAAAAACAUGGCAUCUUAUUGGUACUAUUAGUGUCUUGUGUAGUUUUCCAUUUCUAUUUAAUCUCUGUAUAAAAUGUGAGAGCAGUCCAGAUUGGGCUCAGUUUAUUUAUUAUGCACCAUUUGUUGUGAUAUUUCAAUUUGGUUGGGCCUCAACUCAGAUCUCUCACCUGUCUCUUAUACCUGAUAUAACACCAGAUGAGGGCGAGAGAGUUGGACUCAAUGGCUAUAGAUAUGCGUUUACAGUAUUAUCUAAUUUAACAGUGUUUGUUGUGUUUUGGUUAUUAUUUCAAUUUCAUAGUACCUCACAUUCCUUAGACACUACUAAACUUUCAGCUGCUGAUGCUCCCAAUUUUCAGUUAUUAGUGUUCAUAGUUAUUGCUAUUGGACUGGUGUUCAGUAUAAUAUUUCACUGUGGUGUUAAGGAGAAGAAGAAGAGUCUAGAAAUAGAGGCUGGACAUUCAGUCCGAGAUGCUCUCUCUGAUUCGGAAUCUGGUAUGUCUAUAGAGAAGUCUAUGUUAGCUAAGGCUAAAAUGACUGUCAAAUGUUGGCUAAAAGAACCACAGUUUUAUCAGAUUGGUGGUAUAUAUAUGUCUACCAGGUUGUUUGUUAAUGUUUCUCAGGUAUAUUUACCUCAAUAUUGUGUAGAAUCUUUAAAACUAGAAAAGAAAAUUAUAGCUAUCAUUCCUCUGAUAGUAUUUAGUAGUGGAUUCGUUACAUCAUUAGUAAUGAAACCUAUAAAUAAACUAAUUGGCAGAAAGCUAACAUAUCUAGUCGGAGGUGUUAUUGGAAUCGGGUCGUGUGUCUGGUUUUAUUUUAUUAGUGAAAACCAGGCUAAUCUAGUCUAUGGUGCAGCUGUUUUAUUAGGAAUUGGUGGUUCCACCAUGUUAAUUACAUCUUUAGCUAUGACGGCUGAUUUAAUUGGAGAGAAUACGGAAUCUGGAGCGUUUGUGUAUGGAGCUAUGAGUUUUACAGAUAAACUAUCAAAUGGUAUAGCUAUAGAAUUAAUACAGAUAUUUCAUCCUUGCACUGGCAUUUUAAGGGGUUGCUGUCCAUUAUGUAUUGGUUACUAUAGAAACAUAAUAUCUUUUGUACCUGGCGGUGUGGCUGUACUUGGUUUGGUGUUUCUGCUCAUUUUAUUGCCUCAAGUUAUUGGUACUAGAAAACGUGACAGUGAGUUAUCUUGA